AUGAGUUGCCAGUCUUUCACCUCAGCUGAUAGCUUUCUACCUCUGAAUUCUGACACUUCUGGGACUCUGCCUCUCAUAAUGCAUCACAGUGCAGCCGAGUGUCUACAGGUCUCCAACCAUACCACCAACGUGAUGUCUACAGUCCUAUCUAUUUUGUCUUUGAUCCAAACUUCUAAACAUUUGCACAAAUAUUUAUUGGUGACAACUAUGGGAAAUUCAGCAGCAGGACUUCAUUAUUCUGUGCCUUCCUGUCACUAUGGAAACCAGCCAUCAACCUAUGGAGUGAUGGCAGGCAGUUUAACCCCUUGUCUUUACAAGUUUCCUGACCAUACCUUGAGUCAUGGAUUUCCUCCCCUGCACCAGCCCCUUCUGGCAGAAGACCCCACAGCUUCUGAAUUCAAACAGGAACUCAGGCGGAAAAGUAAAUUGGUUGAAGAGCCAAUAGACAUGGAUUCUCCAGAAAUCCGAGAACUUGAGAAAUUUGCCAAUGAAUUUAAAGUGAGAAGAAUUAAGUUAGGAUACACCCAGACAAACGUGGGUGAAGCUCUGGCUGCUGUGCACGGCUCUGAGUUCAGCCAAACAACCAUCUGCCGAUUUGAAAACCUGCAGCUCAGCUUUAAAAAUGCAUGCAAACUAAAAGCAAUCUUAUCUAAGUGGCUGGAGGAAGCCGAGCAAGUUGGAGCUUUGUACAAUGAAAAAGUUGGAGCAAAUGAGAGGAAAAGGAAACGGAGAACAACUAUAAGUAUUGCAGCUAAAGAUGCUCUGGAGAGACACUUUGGAGAGCAGAACAAACCUUCCUCCCAAGAGAUCAUGCGGAUGGCAGAGGAGCUGAAUCUUGAGAAGGAAGUAGUAAGGGUUUGGUUUUGCAACCGAAGACAGAGGGAAAAGCGGGUGAAAACGAGUCUAAACCAAAGUCUCUUUUCCAUUUCUAAGGAACAUUUGGAGUGCAGAUAG